AGCGGCGCCGCUGACCCGCCGCGCAUCCCUGUAACUAGAGGAGGGGAUUUUGGAAAGAUGCCUCUGCGAUGACUUAUGCUCGUCCUCGGAAACCCAAGCGGUACUGAAAAGCCCAAAAAGGAGGCAAAGACGAGCAUCCGAAAUCUCACCCAAAAAUAACUACUGCUGCGUAUUGUAGCGUAUUAUAAUAGGGGAAACAGCAUUCCGAACUUCUCUCCACGCGCAAGGCUGCACCGUUCAUAGACCAGCCCAGGGCCACGGUCAGGACCAGCCCAGCAGCCCAGCCACAGAGGAGCCAGCGAACCUCUCCUGGCGCCUGUGCUGGGGGCUUUGUGUUCCAGCAUCAAGGAUGGAGGAAGGGGAGAGGAGCCCCUUACUGUCCGAGGAAACUGCAGGCCAGAAGACCCUCUCUGUGCACAGUCCACCCACCGCAGGCUGUCUAGAUCCAGUGCCCUGGGAGGACCAGGCGGACGCCUGGGGCUGCAGCUGCUGUCCCCCGGAGACCAAGCGCCAGGCCUUGAGGGGCACCCCCGGGAAAGGACCAGCCCCUUCCCUGUCCACAGGGAGCAGCUGUAUCAAGUAUCUGAUCUUCUUCUCCAACUUCCUCUUCUCCCUGCUGGGGCUGCUGGCCCUGGCCAUUGGGCUCUGGGGCCUGGCUGUCAAGGGGUCUCUGGGAAGUGAUCUGGGGGGGCCCCUGCCCGCAGACCCCAUGCUGGGGCUGGCACUGGGGGGGCUGGUAGUCAGCACAGUGAGCCUGGCUGGCUGCCUGGGCGCCCUCUGUGAGAACACCUGCCUGUUACGUGGCUUCUCCGGGGGCAUCCUUGCCUUCCUGGUGCUUGAGGCCCUGGCGGGGGCCCUGGUGGUGGCCCUCUGGGGCCCGCUGCAAGACAGCCUGGAGCACACCCUGCGUGUAGCCAUCGUUCACUACCAGGACGACGCAGACCUGCGCUUCCUUCUCGACCAAGUCCAGCUCGGGCUGAAGUGCUGCGGGGCUGCCUCCUACCAGGACUGGCAGCAGAACCUGUACUUUAACUGCAGCUCCCCCGGGGUGCAGGCCUGCAGCCUUCCUGCCUCCUGCUGCAUCGACCCCCGAGAAGAUGGAGCCUCUGUCAACGACCAGUGCGGCUUCGGGGUCCUGGGCCUGGAUGCGGACGCAGCUCAGAGAGUGGUGCACCUGGAGGGCUGCGGCCCGCCGCUCCGGCGGUGGCUGCGCGCAAACCUGGCGGCCUCGGGCGGCUACGCAAUCGCGGUGGUGCUGCUGCAGGGCGCAGAGCUCCUGCUGGUCGCCCGGCUGCUCCGGGUACUCGCUGCCCGCAGGGGCGCGGCGUCGGGCCCCGGAGCGCGCGGGGAGGACCGCGCUGGCCCCCAGAGCCCCGGCCCCGGCGCCCCGCCGGCUGCCGACCCCGCCCGGGGCUGAGCGCAUGCCCUGGAGUCCGAGGCUGCCACGCACAGGGAUACAGGGGGCACCCCCGUCCGGCUAAAACGCGCUGCCUGCGCCGCCGCUGCCGUCUGAUUUCGCUCGGGCUUCCGGAGACUUCGCCGUGGGACCUCCCUAGCUUGCCCACGCCGCGCGCUUUGCGUCCCCCACGCCAGCUCCCAACGGAGGGCGCCCGGCAAACCCACGGGGUUGGCGUGAGGAGCACGAGGGGCCGGAGGAAAUCCUGGAGCUGACCCUCAUCUCCGAACCCCCACUCCCACCCCAGCCGCACAGUUCCCACCUCCUGGCACCUCCCUCCCCUGGGGCCUCCACCCCUUCUGGGCUCGUGGUGGUGGAGCUAAGGUCCAGGCCUCUCCCUGCCGAGUGCAUUUUUGAGGAGAGAGUAAAUGUUUUAUUGGGGUGUAUCAUUCACACAGUAAAGACACCAGUCUUCGAGGCA